CACUCCUACUUCAUUGCCCAUAUUGUUACCGGACGCCUUUACUCCUCCUAGUCCUCUCAGGGUCUGGGCACAAGGAAUUCUUUCCCGUCUUCACAACCAUACCUUUGCCGGCCUAACACCAGCCUUUCAAUCCAUAUUCAUACAAACUUGAGCUUGCUUCUGCUUCACCAUGAUAUCGGGUCGAGGAGGAGGUCAUGCCCCAAAGCAUGGCCGCAUUCGCCCACCCCGGCGCAUGCUCAAGCCCAUCACAGGACACUCUACCGAUCCCGACGAUAUCGAGGGCCCCUGGCAAAUCCUCAGAGAAGCCAUGAUGGACAUUCACCAGAAAAACUGCAGCAAACUGGCGUUCGAGCACCUAUACCGUGCGGGAUAUAAGAUUGUACUGAACAGGAAAGGCGAAGUUCUCUACGACAGGGUACGGAACUUUGAGCGCGACUACUUCGCCCAGAACGUCAUCCCCAAGAUAGAGGCCCUCGUCACUACUAGUCUGGUGAAUAUUGCCAUGGGCCGCGCCGGCGCUUCGGCCAACGAGCGUCGCGAGAUGAGCGAGAAUUUUUUGCGCCGCAUCCGCGAGUCGUGGGAAGAUCACAACACCGCCAUGAAUAUGAUCGCCGACAUCCUCAUGUACCUGGACCGUGGUUUCAUCCAGGACACCGGCCGUCCGUCCAUUUACACGUCCACCAUCGGCCUGUACCGCGACCACAUCCUCCGCGCCUCCCUCCACGCCUCCGCCGAGUACACCGUUUCCGACAUCCUCAACUUCAUCAUGGUGGACCUGAUCAACAUGGAGCGCGACGGGGACGUCAUCGACCGCUACUUGAUCAGGAGCUGCAUCCGCAUGCUCGAUUCGCUUUACGAGACGGAUCAGGAACUCGACCACGAGAAGCUCUACUUCACCAGCUUCGAGCCCGUUUUCCUGCGCACCACCGACGCCUACUACGACGUCGAGUGCGAGAAGCUCUUCCGCAAGGCCGACGCCCUCGCCUGGCUACGCCACACCGAUCGCCGCCUGCAAGAGGAGGAGGACCGCUGCGACACCACCAUCCAUCGCGCCACCUUGCCCAAGUGCGUCAAGAUCGUCGAGGAGCGGCUCAUCGCCCAACACCUCGCCGACUUUCUCAAGCUCGACAGCGGCAUCGUGACCAUGCUGGACAACGACAGCCUGGAGGAGCUGGCCAUCCUCUACCGCCUCGUCGGCCGGGUCGACCCCAAGAAGGCGGUGCUGCACGAUCACUUGGUGAACCGCAUCGUCGCCAUGGGUCUCGAGAUUGAACAGACCAUCAAGAAUACCGACUUUGCCAAUCAGGUAGCAGCCGCUGCCGAUGGAGAGGAUGGCGGCGGUGGUGGUGGUGGUGAUGCUGGUCCUGGUGCUGCUGGUCCUGGUGCUGCUGCUGCUGCUGCUGCUGACGGAACGGACAAGCCCAACAAGGCCCCCUCGGCUGCUUCGGCGGCCGCUCAGCAGACGGCCGCCGCCAUCAAGUGGGUGGACGACGUGUUGCACCUCAAGGCCAAGUUCGACACAAUAUGGGAGAAAUGCUUCGAGAAGGACCUCGACGUCCAGGCCAUGCUCACCAAGGGCUUCUCCACCUUCAUCAACCGCUUCGCCCGUGCGUCGGAAUACCUCUCGCUCUUCAUCGACGACAACCUGCGCCGCGGCAUUCGCGGCAAGACCGAGAAGGAGAUUGACGAGGUGCUCGACAAGGCCAUCACCCUGCUCCGCUACAUCCAGGACCGGGACAUGUUCGAGCGCUACUACCAGAAGCACCUCGCCAAGCGUCUCCUGCUGAGCAAGUCGGAGAGCCAGGACGCCGAGACCGCCAUGGUGUCGCGCAUGAAGGACGAGCUGGGCCACCAGUUCACCACCAAGUUCGAGGGCAUGUUCCGCGACAUGAAGACCUCGGCCGAGAUCACCUCCAACUACCGCACCUACAUCCGCGACCUGGGCGAUGCCGGGGACCAGGCCCAGCAGCAACCCGAGCUGGCCGUCAACAUCCUCACCACCAACUGCUGGCCGCCCGAGAUGUCCGACCGCAAGCAGGUGCUGGACUCCGCCGCCCCUUCCCAACUCGUAUACCCCAGGGAAAUCGAGGCCAUCCAGAAGAGCCUCACCUCGUUCUACCUGACCACCCGCAGCGGCCGCAAGCUCACCUGGGUCAGCUCCAUCGGCAACGCCGACAUGCGCUGCACAUUCCCCGCCGUGCCGGGCGCCAAGGGCCCGCUGGCCCGCGAGCGGAGGUACGAGCUCAACGUGUCGACCACGGGCAUGAUCGUGCUCAUGCUCUUCAACGACGUGGGUAACGGCGAAGGCGAUGGCGAAGGCGAUGGUGACGGCAACGGCAACGGCAACGGCAACGGCGAGGCCCUCUCGUUCGAGGAGAUCAGGGGGCGGACCGGCAUCCCGACGAACGACCUGCUGCGGACGCUGUCGUCGCUCGCCAUCCCGCCCAAGUCGCGCGUCCUGCUCAAGGAGCCCGCCGGCCGGCGCGUCGAGACCACCGACCGCUUCCGGUUCAACGCGGGGUUUGUGAGCAAGACGGUCCGCAUCAAGGCGCCCAUCGUCAACGCGACGGCCAAGGCGGAGACGGAUAAGGAGCGGAAGGACACGGAGGAGAAGAAUACGCUGUCGCGGUCCCAUAUUAUCGAUGCCGCUAUUGUGCGGACCAUGAAGCAGCGCAAGGAACUCAAGCACUCGCAGCUCAUCUCCGAAGUCGUCGGCCAGCUCGUCGGCCGCUUCAACCCCGAAGUCAGUCUCAUCAAGAAACGAAUCGAGGACCUCAUCGCCCGAGAGUAUCUGGCGCGCAUGGAGAACAUUGACGUUCCCACGUAUCAGUACCUGGCAUAGCCCCCCCGAUAUCUCCGUGGACAGGCCAAAGGGCCCAGGCAGGGUGACGAGUUGAACGCAGUCAACGAUGGACGAUCUUACUUUCUUCUUUCUUCCCCCGCUCUCUUCACCUUUGGCAGGAUGAGGGUUUCUUUCUUUUUUUCUUUUUCACGAGAUUGACCAACCAACUCCCCCCCUUUUUUCUCCUUGGUCAAUAGCAUGGCGGCAAUAGCGUUGGGGGUUUGAAUUGAGGGCUAUUUGGCUUUUCGUCACACGGCGCACCGGCUGCGAUUCUUGGAAGGGCAUGGACGGAUCGACGGAUCGACCAGGACGUUCUGCAUAUCGUAUAUUUUCACCUACUCUCGCACUCCUCUUUCGAGGGCCAUUUCUUUCAUUUCGGUCUCUACAGAGGUAGAUAACGAAUCACAUCACCCACCAUGG